AUGCCUGAAACUGACCAGUCUGCCUAUUCUCGUGUGCUCGAGGCCUGCAAAACGGCCAAACGUGAGACAAAACCGAACCUCAGUAAAAUUGCGCGUGAAUAUGGCGUCCCUCGCCGGACUCUCUACGAUCACGUCAAAAAGGGUGUACGCCCUCGACCACCCAAAGCUAAAACCGAUCAAUCUGGGCCUGAAGUCGACCAGCCUGUGCCUGAAAUCGACCUCGACCAACCUGCCGAAUCGCGUAUGAUCGCCGCCUGUGAAGCGGCUAAACGCGAGCAAAAGCCGAACCUCAGUAAGAUUGCGCGUGAUUAUGGCGUCCCUCGCCGGACCCUCUACGAUCACGUCAAAAAGGGUGUACGCCCUCGACCACCCAAAGCUAACGCCAACCGAUCUUUGCCUGAAAUCGACCAACCUGUGUCUGACCCCGACCAAUCUAUGCCUGAAACCAACCAAUCUGUGUCUGAAAGCAACCGAUCUGUGCCUGAGCCCGACCAACCUGUGCCUAGAACUGAUCAAUCUGCCGAAUCCCUUAUGAUUGAGGCCUGCGAAGCGGCUAGACGUGAGGAGAACCCGAACCUCAGCAAGAUUGCGCGUCAAUAUCGCGUCCCUCGCCGGACCCUCUACAAUCGCGUCAAAAAGGGUGUACGCCCUCGACCACCCAAAGCUAAAACUGAUCAAUCUGUGCCUGAAGUCGACCAGCCUGUGCCUGAAAUCGAUCUCGACCAACCUGCCGAAUCGCGUAUGAUCGCGGCCUGUGAAGCGGCUAAACGCGAGCAAAAACCAAACCUCAGCAAGAUUGCGCGUCAAUAUCGCGUCUCUCACCGGACCCUCUACAAUCGCGUCAAAAAGGGUGUGCGCCCUCGACAAACCAUAGCUAAGGCCAACCAACCUGCGCCUGAAAUCGACCAACCUGUGUCUGACCCCGACCAACCUGUGCCUGAAAUCGACCAACCUGCCGAAACCCGUCUGAACGCGGCCUGCGAAGCAGCUAGACGCGAGAAAGAACCGAACCUCAGCAGGAUUGCGCGUCAAUAUCGCGUCCAUCACCGGACCCUAUACGAUCGCUUCAAAAAGGGAGUGCGCUCUCUUACAGGCAACCGAAACGCUCGUAGGAUCCUAGAUAGUGUCCAGGAGGAAACCCUCACAGGCUGGAUACGCCAUUUGAUCGAAUGGGAUAUGCCACCAACGCCUAAGCUGAUCGAGUCAAUGGCAAACUCCUCACUUGCGCGCAAUGGUAGACCCGAGCAGAGGGUUAGCAAGAUGUGGGCGUAUCGCUUCAUUCGGCGUCUCCCACCAGACCUACAGCAAGGCAUAGUGAUGCACCGCACGCAUGAAUUGGAUCUAAGUGAGGCAGAAGAAGAUGCAGAGCUACUAGCCGACUGGUUCAAGCGGCUAAAAGACGCGUUUGAAGGUGUACCUGCAAGGCUAAUAUACAACUUCGAUGAGUGCGGCUUCUGGGCCGCCGAGGACAGAAAUCAGAAUGAAGUCGAUAGCCAGGACGGUAGCAGGUCUGGCCCUGAUCUUGCUGAGACUGAGCGAGGCGGGAACAUCACUGCGUUUGAGUGUGUUUCUGCCGAUGGGUGGCAGCUGGAACCGCUAUACAUAUUCAAAAGAGACGGUGAGCUCGUGGACGCCUGGUUCGAUGACGGUAGUGUCUGGUUCGAUUAUCUACCACCGGUUGGAAUUCCGCCGAAUGGCUGGAACUCUGAUGAAUUAGCCACUCAAUGGCUAGAUUGUUUCAUCGAGAGUACUAGCAUUCGUACAGAGCCGGGUGAGAAGCGUGUCUUGAUCGUCGAUCGCCGCGCCCCGUACAUUACUGUCGAAUUCAUACGGAAAUGCGAGGACAACGAUAUUAUACCCUUCGCAUUUGGAUCUGCAACCCGCCCGCUCGAUGGCAAGCCGUUUAUGAGAUAUAAAGAACAUUUCCAAAGCCUAAAUAACGAUCCAGCUUAUUGGGCAGGUGGACCGAUGGGUAGGGACCGCAAGGCGCAAUUUCUAAGAGCGAUCGGGGAUGUACGAUGGAGGGCCAUCGGUCCGAGAACCAUUCAGAGAUCUUUCAAAGAUUCUGGUGUCUACCCAUUUGAUGCUAGCAAGCUCUAUAGCAGGCUAUCUGAUGGAUGUGACGAGAUACCUGAUCCAGUCGUGUCUGCGGUCUGA